AUGAACCAGUCUUCUAGAAACCUUUUUCGUGCUACUGAACCAACUAAUCGUCCGGAUAGUACACCUCAAGUGACAAUUCCCGCAAAGGUUCUUAGAUUAGGACCGGAGAACAAGGAGGAAUACGUUGUUGGACAGUUUCAUAGGUGUUCAAAUCCGCCUGGGGGUCUUAUCCAUGCAGUUCUGAAUAGGUUAUGGGGUCGGGAAUGUAAGAUUUCCUGCCGAAAGUUAGGAGACUCAUCAUAUUUAUUCCAUAUUCCUCAUGAAAAUACUCGUAAAUGGGUUAUUCAAAGAGGCGUGUGGCAUGUUGAUGAUUGUUUACUCUUUGUGGCUCCUUGGAAUCCUGUUGACUCAUUUAAAACACCCGAGAUAUCUACCUUGCCGGUGUGGGUAACGCUUAAGAAUAUUCCAUAUUCUUGCUUCUCUAGACUAGGAAUCAGCCACAUAGCAUCAGGUUUGGGAGAGCCUAUGCUUACACACAAGCCCCGUUUAGAUCCAAUCAACAUGGGGGAAGCAAAAAUACUAGUUGAGGUGGAGUUAGAUAAACCAUUCCCGAAACUCAUUGCACUUGAUGACAAGCAAGGUAAUAUCUACUUCGUAGAAGUUGAGUACUCUUGGAUUCCUAGUGCUUGUGAAAGGUGUGGAGCACUUGGACACAAGGAGAAGAGGUGCUUAUUACCACCUCAGUCACAAGAUUAUGCUCCUAUUACAAAAGAGCAUCAUGUCACAAAUGAAGAGAUCCCAAUGGUGGACAUUGUUAAGUUGUUGCAAAAUUCCUCCGCAUCUGGUGUAGAUCAUCCGGAGCCAAAUUCACGCUCACCCAUUACCCGGCAAACACAUGAGACUUUCAAAAAUCCAUUGGUCACUCUUCCUCCUAAGGAUGCAUUUGCUAGUCCGGUUACACAUUCGCAUGAGGUACACUCGGACCCUUGCUCACAGAUUAAUCACACUUUACCCCUGUUAGCAGUAGAGAAAGCUGCGCCAGUUCAGUCACAUAUUAUGGAAAGCAUUCCAUCACAUUCUAUCUUUUUGGAAGACUCUGAGGCUUCUAAAAUUGAGCAACCAUUUGAUCAUCGUUCUCCUCUCACUCUUGAUCAUCACAACUUUCAUACGGAGGAUACUCCGCCUGUAUAUGGGAAAGGUAAUGGUUUUGAUGUGGUUGGAGAUUCCUCUAGUUACACCAUAACUAGAGGUGGAAGGACUAUAAAACAAACACAAAAGGUUCAAGAUAUGGGGUGGACAAGGGCUAGUGGAAGAGGUAAAAAAGGUCAUCGUGGCCGAGGGAACCGAAAUCACUAG